AUGAGGAAGGAUGAGGAGGUAGAUCGGGAUUCCUAUUCUUUCCGCUCCCAGAGCUCGCAGGUGAGAGACCUUUUCCACACAGAGGAUUAUAUCGCCUUCCCUGCAACCUUCCACAUGUAUAAGGUGGAGAGGAUGCAAGACAGAACAGUGCCUGGGAACUACACCAUGAUCACCCAGGUCUACCUGGUGGGACUCACCAGCCACCGGAGAACACAGCUUGCCCUCUUUGUGAUUAUCCUCGUUGCCUAUCUGAUCUCCAUGGCGAGCAACCUCCUCAUCAUCCUACUGGUCCAAAUGGACUUCCGCCUCCAUACCCCAAUGUACUUCUUCCUCACCAACCUCUCACUCUUGGAGAUGUGCUUCACCAGCACCGUCGUGCCCCAGAUGUUGGCUCACCUGCUUGUCGGGGAUGGGAGGCUUUCGUUUGGGCGCUGCGCCUUCCAGAUGUACAUGGCCUGCUCUCUGGGUUGCACUGAAGGCCUCUUGCUGGGGGCCAUGGCCUACGACCGUUACAUGGCGAUCUGCUGCCCCCUGGUGUACGCUGUAGCCAUGAGCUGGGCACGUUGUUUGAUGCUGGCUGCCAUCUCGUGGGUAGGAGCCUUCCUUCUCUCUGGGCUCAUCACAGCUUUUAUCAUGCAGCUCCCUUUCUGCGGCCCCAAUGAGAUCAACCAUUUCAACUGCGAGUUUGUCAUGGUGAUAAGGCUGGGAUGCACCGACACGAGCUUCACAGAGGCCAUCAUCUUGGGGGUGGGGGUUUUCAUACUAAUUGUCCCUCUGGCCACCAUCUUGAUCUCUUACGGACUCAUCAUGGCGACUGUCGUGCGCAUGAGCUCAGGGGAGAGCCGGAGCAAGGCUUUCUCCACGUGUGCUUCCCACCUGAUGGUGGUCACCAUGUUUUAUGGCUGCCUCAUUGGCCUGUACAUGAGGCCUCGGUCAGGGACAGACCCCAGCCAUGACAAACACGUUUCCAUCUUUUAUGUUGUCAUCACCCCUCUCCUCAACCCGAUCAUCUACACAUUGCGGAAUAAGGAUGUCCAUGCCGCAGUGGCUAAAGUCUUCAGGAUAGAGCUGAUAAACACAAGACCUGAGUGGUCUUGAGAGGCAGCAUUGUGUUUAGCAAACGGCGGUUGUCCAAACAAAUCUAUGAUGUUGAAGGACGAACAGGACGGAGUGAGGGAACUCACUGAAGCUCAUAGAUUUAUAGGACCUCAGAAAAUCUGAUAAAAAGUAUCUCUUGAUCUCCGAUAUUUAGCAAUGACAGGAUCAUUCAAGGACCUGAGGGGAGGAGCAGGGCUUGGGGUGGUGGUGGUAAGAGUUGCACGAAGAGCUGCCUACUAUUUAGCUACUGGUGUUCCAAUUGAGGUGGGUCCUCAUUCCAGACUAGCAUCAGAGGGUUUCUUAAAAACUCACCUGCCUUAAGCAGAGAAAAGAACUGGCUUUCAAAAGAAGAAGAAGCAGAAGAAAUUCCU